GUUAGAUGGUGCCACUUGUCCGACUUCGCGACGCUGGUUACUAUUUCGACGGAGAAGGGAUGCUCUUUUUCUUCAAAAUCCCGAAUUUUUGACAGGGCGCCCUUCGUGCGGUCAUCGCCGGUAAUAAUUUCUCAUGGUUUGAUGCGUGCUAACGUGACCCUCGUCCACCUCUGAACGAGACAGUCCUUCGGCAAAAGUCAACAUGCCGCAGGACUCGUCGAGCAAGCCAGCAAAAUCUAAAGGGAUCAAGAACUUUGCUCGCGUCCUCAGUGACAAGGAUGCUGACCUACCAUCCCCCUAUGCAAGGAACGACGAUGGAGAACCCGUUUUGCCAUCCGCUUUCAAGGGCCGCCUGUACGAGCUCUUCGGGCAGAUCGAGAAGGAGUUCGAGUCGCUGUACGCCGAGAACCUCGCACUGAAGGAGAAAGUGGAGACGCUGAGCGAGCAGCUAGGCCGCGAGGCUGCUCUGCCGAUCGCGGACCGCACGGGAGGUGGAGGAGGCGGCCUGCACGAGCUGCCCGACCACGUGACCGGGGAACCCGUCCCGGGCACCAAGGCCAAGGCCAAGAGGGAGUCUAUGACCGCGAGCCAGUUGUCUCAGAAGAUCAAAAGCACGUACAAGCUGAAGGCCUCCACCAGUCGCAUUGUGUCAAGUUUCAAGACAUCGACCCUUGGCUGCCAACUUGCGAUGAACUACUCCGGGCAUCGAGACGGCGUCUGGGAAGUUAGCACUGCACGCACGGGCAUCCUGGUCAUUGCAACUGCGUCUGCAGAUCACACUGCGAGGCUGUGGGACAUCCAGACUGGCCAGUGCAUCCUACAGUAUGCGGGUCACGCGGGCUCGGUGAACUCGGUGCGCUUCCACCCGACGCAGGACCUGCUUGUGACCGGCUCGGGGGAUCAGAGCGCCCACGUCUGGAGGGCGGCCACUUCGGCAGCCUCGGCCCUCGAGCUGGUGAAGGGCCACUCGUCAGAAGAUGAAGUUGAUCUCUCCGAGAAAGAAGAUGACGUAGACUCGUCGAGCAAUGUGCUGGUGAUGAAGAGCCCUCUGACAGAGCUGACGGGCCACAGCAGCGUGGUGAUUGCUGCCGACUGGCUGUCGGGCGGUGACCAGGUCAUCACCGCCUCCUGGGAUCGCACGGCCAAUGUGUACGACGUCGAGAAGGGAGAGCUGGUCAUCCAGCUUGUGGGCCACGACCAGGAGCUGACCCACACCAGUGCCCACCCGACACAGCGGCUGGUGGUGACGUCGUCCAAGGACACCACGUUCCGGCUCUGGGACUUCAGAGAGCCAAUCCACUCAGUCAGCGUCUUUCAGGGGCACACGGAGGCCGUCACUUCUGCAACUUUCACGUCUGUGGACAAAGUAGUUUCUGGAAGUGAUGACCGCACAGUCAAAGUCUGGGAUCUGAAGAACAUGCGAUCUCCACUUACGACCAUCAGGCUGGACUCGCCAGUUAACAGAUUAGCGGUGUCCAACCAGCAUGUGAUAGCCAUUCCUCACGACAACAGGCAGGUCAGGCUGUUCGACAUCUCUGGGGUUCGCCUUGCAAGGCUUCCUCGCAACAACAGACAGGGCCACCGGCGCAUGGUGUGUGCUGCCGCCUGGUUGGAUUCGGAUCAGCCCAACGUGAAAGCCAACCUGUUCACGUGCGGCUUUGACCGCGCCACCCUGGGCUGGAGCGUCGGUUUACCUUCCAAGGAGGAGUGCAAGGCUGGACUCAAGGCCAACUAGGCAACCACGCUCCCCGUACCGUGUCCAGCCCCCUCCGCCCCACCUUUGCCACGAUGACAAGAUGUGAAGACUGCAAGGUUACUGCACUGAAUUCUGGACAACAGAGAUGUUUGUUAUCGAGACUGGUCAUUUUGUUAAGUUUGCUGCAAAAUAUACCUGCACAAUGAAAUGAUUGCCAAAUUAUUGUUUCAAUCUAAACAGAAGUGAAACAUUUUUUAUUUUUUGUGGAAAAUGUUUUUUCAGGGGUAAAUGCAGACUCGUUGGGGAUGCCUGGAGUCAAUUUUGAACAGAUCCAAGGUUGUUUUCUACGAGUUUUUGUAGGGAGACUAAUAUGCAUAGGCCUAUAGACUUCUUCACAUUUAUAAUUUGAUUACUAGUGUUUUGAAUAUAAUGGGAGCACAAAUCCACCGGUCACUGGCACAAGAUGACUUCACUAAUUCAGAAGCACUGUGCAGUGCUUCUAUAGAGUGUUGCACCUGAUGAUGGUGGACUGCAGUGAAUGCCACAAGCCAGGGGAGCCAAUCUAAUGCCAUGCAAGUGUUGCAUGAUCUUUGGGAAGGGCGCAUAGUCACGCGACACAUUCGCAGUGCUAGAUUCACUGAAUUGGCUCGUAACGUCCGCUGCGUCUAUCAAGAGGUGAAAUAGAGUAUAUAGGCAUAUUCAAAAUCAAAGAACAGAAAGCUCUAUACAUUUCACGGGGAAGGAAAGAAAUCGGAACUAUGUAUCUGAAUUUGCGGAAUGGAGCACACUUUCUAAAAUGGCUUCCCACAAAAUAAGCAAUAUGUGCACGGUACUAUUUUUUUUUGUUUGUUACAGAUUUAUUAUUUUUUUAAAGCACUCAAAAGUGUAGAGUUGCAGGCAGGGGAUGUCGUUAGGGAGGUCAAGGAAAGGUGUAGAUGUAGAAAACAUUCCCAGUGACUUGUGUAAUUGUGGUCAAUGUGUGUGUACAGACCAGCUUGUGCUAGUUCCGAUCGAUCAAAAAACACCUGGGGCUUUCAGAAAAAAGAAAAGGGGGGGGAUGACAUGUGUUAACUAUAUUUGUUUGGGAUAUCUAUCAAUGGAACUAUUUUCUCCCCAACAGAUUGGAAACUGGUUGUGUAGUGAAGAGCUCCUCAUUGUCUAGUCCUGUACAUAGGUAGACAGUGUGAUAUAACAUUAACUAGUUCGUACAAAGUCCACUUUUGAACACUUUUAUUUUCGGUAACCCUCACCCAAUUCACUGUUUAUUAACACUUUUUUUUUUUAUUCUACUAGCCACUUUUGUUUUAAACAGCACAGUUGAGUUGCGAGUAUUGUAUAGACAACAGCCUGGUCAUUGUACUAAAGCGACAUCACCAUUCUGUGCAGCAGACAUGCAUGAGAACUAAAAAAAAAAAGUAUGGCACGAAAUAAAUACUUUAUAUGCGUAUCAACUCAUUGUGCGGACUACAUGUUACACAAACCACCAUAGAACAAAUCAAACAAACAACCUUUAAAAAAUGUUUUGAGAACAUCUACAAAACAGCGUAACUCCGCCUUGAGCCAUUGGCGAUAAUUGCACUAGGCAUUUACUUGUAUCUAGUAAGUGAGCAACUGCCUUAUUUACAGGAGAGCUAGCUAAAAACAAGAUUCUACUUAAGGGGGCAUCACACUUCUUUUGUAAUUGCCAAUAAUAAACUAAGAAAGGGAAGUUUUGGAGCAGUGCAGUGCAACAGUCUUCAACCAUGUUUGCUGAUGCUGACCAGGGUGUGAUGGAUGUCGUAGAAACUUGGCCUUUUGUCCGGGUUGUACUCCCAACAGCGCAGCAUGAGUUCAUAAACGGGACCAGGGGUGUGUUCCGGGGAUGGGAGUCGAUAUCCUGCAAAGGACAACACAAAGUUAGCCGCCACAUAUCAACUUCCGUAAUAAUUCUUAAAAUGGAACUGCAGAAGCCAAAAGUUGGUAUAGGCAGAGAUCAUUCGCAGCAUUGUUUAAACACAGAUGCAUUGUGUUGCAUCGAAUUGAUAACAACCUUACAAUUUUCGCCGGUAUUUAUUUCAACCAGCAGAAAUGCCUACAGUACUUCAUUGCCCAAAAAGUAGCUGUGUCUAUUUCAACAGCAAGCUGCCUGUAACGUCCUAAAUUGGGUCCAGCAAUUAUAAAAAGUCUUGCCAUGAUCAUUUAGUUCAAAGCUGCACUAAAGAGCUUCCUGGCUUCGUGUUUUCAGGACAUUAAUGUGACCUAUGUGCAACAAUGAUCAUAGUUGGCCUGCAUGCAUGUAGAACAAUGUUGUGAAAUCUUUGGUCUGCAUUAAGAACCCACCAGCUGUCUGCGGGGGACUUUCUCCAAAAUUGCACAGACAACGCUCACUCAGGGGAGAGAUGUCCCACGCAGUUAGUUCAUGGGUUCUUAGCACGGAGAAAACAGUUCACUGCACUGGUCCUUAAUCAAAGUCACUGAGCACAUUUUUCAUAUGAAAUCCUUGGGGCAUGUAGGUCAAGUGAAUGUCGUAAAAAGAUAGCCAGAAACCUCUUUAAUGUGCCUUUAACAUUAUUCUGAAAGGAUAUGUGCAAGAAUUUAUUUUUACUCACCAGGAAAAAGUCGAAACAUGGUUGUAUUUGUGUGUAUAUGUGUGUUCCUUACCUUACGAGUUAGUUUUUUCUGGAGUAUGAAUCUGUUUUCCCUCAGUCACUGUGAUCUAUACUGUUGUCACUUGUUCACGACUCACCUGUGUCAAUCAGCUCUCGUGCUCGGCUGUUAGACAUGCCGCAGUACGGAGAUGCUCCGAGAGAGAAAAUUUCCCACGCUAGUAUGCCGUAGCUCCACACAUCGCAGACAGAAGUAUAUUUUCCUGGAGAGCAAGAGAAGAAGUUGCAUACUGUCAAUAAAAUAGCUGCUGUAAUGUGAA